CGCGCGGGCCAUGUCUGCCUUCUGCCUGGGCUUGGCCGGCCGCACUUCAGCACCCGGCGAGCCGGACAGCGCCUGCUGCAUGGAGCUCCCGCCCGCGGCCGGGGACGCACUCGGGAGUGCCGCCGCCGCCGCCGCCGCCGCCGCCCUGGUCUCCUUCCCCGGGGGCCCCGGGGAGCUGGAACUGGCAUUAGAGGAGGAGUUGGCGCUGCUGGCAGCCGGGGAGCGGCCGUGCGACCACGGCGAGCAUCCUCAGGCUGAGCCCGGGCCUCCGGCCGAGGGGGACGACCCACAGUCGCCACCCGCCCCGGAUCCCGAACUGCUGUCGGUGAUCCGGCAGAAGGAGAAGGAUCUAGUGCUGGCGGCUCGGCUGGGCAAGGCGCUGCUCGAGCGGAACCAGGACAUGAGCCGGCAGUACGAGCAGAUGCACAAGGAGCUGACCGACAAGUUGGAGCACUUAGAACAAGAGAAACAUGAGCUAAGACGACGGUUUGAAAACCGAGAAGGGGAGUGGGAAGGGCGAGUGUCGGAGCUGGAGAGUGACGUGAAGCAGCUUCAGGAUGAGUUGGAGAGGCAGCAUGUGCACCUGCGGGAAGCUGAUCGAGAGAAAACCCGGGCAGUGCAGGAACUGUCGGAACAGAACCAAAGGUUACUGGAUCAACUCAGCAGGGCAUCAGAAGUCGAGAGACAACUGUCCAUGCAAGUCCAUGCUCUCCGAGAAGACUUCCGGGAGAAGAACUCGUCAACCAACCAGCACAUCAUUCGGCUUGAGAGCCUGCAGGCUGAGAUCAAGAUGCUGUCAGAUGGGAAACGGGAGCUGGAGCAUCGGCUCAGCAGCACCUUGGAGGAGAAUGAUCUGCUCCAGGGGACUGUGGAGGAGCUGCAGGACCGCGUGCUGAUCCUGGAGAGGCAGAGCCACGACAAAGACCUACAGCUGCAUCAAAGCCAGCUGGAGCUUCAGGAGGUGCGGCUCUCCUACCGGCAGCUGCACAUGAAGGUGGAGGAGCUGACCGAGGAGAGGAGUCUGCAGAGCUCUGCGGCCACCAGCACCUCCCUCCUGUCGGAGAUAGAGCAGAGCAUGGAGGCCGAAGAGCUGGAACAGGAACGCGAACAGCUGAGGCUGCAGCUCUGGGAAGCCUACUGCCAGGUUCGAUACCUCUGCUCACACCUUCGAGGAAACGACAGUGCCGACUCGGCGGUGUCCACAGACUCCUCAAUGGAUGAGUCUUCAGAAACCUCGUCCGCCAAGGACGUGCCAGCCGGUAGCUUGCGCACUGCCCUCAGCGAGCUCAAGAGACUGAUCCAGAGCAUCGUGGAUGGCAUGGAGCCCACGGUGACGCUGCUGAGUGUGGAGAUGACUGCACUGAAAGAGGAGAGAGACCGGCUCCGGGUGACCUCCGAUGACAAGGAGCCAAAGGAGCAGCUUCAGAAGGCCAUCAGGGACCGGGACGAGGCCAUUGCCAAGAAGAAUGCUGUGGAGCUAGAACUCGCCAAGUGCCGGAUGGACCUGAUGGCACUCAACAGCCAGCUACUGGAUGCCAUUCAACAGAAGCUCAGCCUCUCACAGCAGCUAGAGGCCUGGCAGGACGACAUGCACAGGGUCAUCGACCGGCAGCUGAAGGACAAGCACCUGAAGGAGCGGAGUCAGCCAGCCUCUUCCUUCUCCAGGGGCAAUGUGGGGCACAGGGACCAGCCCAGCACCACCGAGGGCAAACGGCUCUUCUCUUUCUUCAGGAGGAUUUAAGUCGGAGGAGCC